AUGAGUGAGUGUGAGAGGAGCAUAAGGAGGGCUAAGAAGGACAGAAAAGAAAAAGAAAUUAGGAAAAAAUCUGGAACGAAAACGGAAGAAGAAUAUAAAGACAACAUGAACGAUAAAAGGAAGGCAGAGAAUAAAGGAAGUAGUUUGGGAGAACUAAAGUGUGAAGGGGUAUCAAGAAAGAGUAUUUUGGAGGGAACAGGGUCCUCGCUUAUUGUUCUGAAAAAGGAUUGGUUAAUUGAAUUUUUGAAAGAAGAUGAGGAGGAAGUGAGGAAAAUAGUUAUGAGGCAAAGAGAUCUAGAUAAGAAAAAGAAAAGAGUUAGCAGGAAUAAGAAUAUUCAUAUUAAUAGGGAAGAGUGUGAAAUGAAAGAAGUGGAGGAGGAGGUGAUGGAGGUAGCAAGGGGGAUAGAAAAAAGGAAGAGAUCUAGGAAGCGAAGAAGAGGAAUUAAUGAAGAAAGAAAAAAAAAGAAUUGGAGUUAG